AUGGGUAGGAUCGAAGGCGAGGAUGUGUACGAGUAUAAGCUAUGGUACUCUAGAGUCCUGAAGGGUAAGAAUAUAGUGGGUAUUUUGGUGGAUAGGGAAUAUAGAGAGUCUGUGGUAGAGGUAAGGCGGGUGAAUGAUAGAUUAAUGACUAUUAAGUUGGUGGUUGGAGAGUGCACCCUGAACGUCGUUAGCGCUUACGCGCCGCAUGCGGGCCUGGAUGAGGAGGUUAAAAGGCACUUCUGGGAGGGGUUGGAUGAGAUUGUGCAUAAUGUUCCACCUGUUGAGAGGUUAUUUAUAGGAGAGGAUUUCAAUGGACAUAUUGGGUCGACUGUAGGUGGCUAUGGCGAGGUGCAUGACGGCUUCAGUUUUGGGGGUAGGAACUCGGGAGGUACUUUGUUAUUGGAUUUUGCUAAGGAUUUUGAGCUGGUGAUUGCAAACUCUAGUUUUCUGAAUAGGGAGGAGUAUUUGGUUACUUUCCAAAGUACGGUGGCAAAGACUCAGAUUUACUAUCUCCUCCUCAGGAGAUAUGACAGAGGACUGUGCAAGGAUUGUAAGGUUAUCCCGAGUGAGAUUCUCGCGAUGCAGCAUAGGCUCUUGGUGAUGGACGUCGGUAUUAUGUUGAAGAGGAAGAAAAUGUUUGUACGAGAACGACUGAGGAUCACGUGGGGAGCCUUAACUAAGGAUAAAUCUCAGGAGUUGGAGGGGAGUUUAUCGGCUAGGGGAGCCUGGAAGAGUAGUGGGGACGCGAGCUCUAUGUAG